CGAGGCGGCGGUGGUGUUAAUGUUGGCGGGAGCCGAGCCAUCAGUCAGUUCUUGGCUCUCCGUACUGGGCUUGCUCUGCUCUGGAGGGUUGCAGGCAGCACUCCCCGCCUCGGACCGGCAGGAUGCGGGUGGCUGUAGCCGGCUGCUGCCACGGCGAGCUGGACAAGAUCUACGAGACGCUGGCGCUGGCGGAGCGGCGCGGCCCGGGGCCGAUAGACCUGCUGCUGUGCUGCGGCGAUUUCCAGGCGGUGCGCAACGAGGCGGACCUGCGCUGCAUGGCUGUGCCGCCCAAGUACCGCCACAUGCAGACCUUCUACAGGUAUUACUCUGGAGAGAAAAAGGCCCCAGUUCUCACAAUCUUCAUUGGGGGAAACCAUGAAGCCUCAAAUCAUUUGCAAGAGUUACCCUAUGGUGGCUGGGUGGCACCAAACAUUUAUUAUUUAGGUUUGGCAGGUGUAGUAAAAUACCGAGGUGUAAGGAUUGGUGGAAUCUCUGGCAUCUUCAAGUCUCAUGACUAUCGAAAAGGUCAUUUUGAGUGCCCUCCUUAUAAUUCAGCUACAAUAAGGAGUAUAUAUCAUGUGAGAAAUGUUGAAGUGUAUAAAUUAAAACAGCUGAAGCAGCCUAUGGAUAUAUUCUUAUCUCAUGAUUGGCCAAGAAGUAUAUACCAUUAUGGAAAUAAGAAGCAACUUCUUAAGACUAAAUCUUUUUUCCGACAAGAAGUGGAAAACAACACCUUAGGAAGUCCUGCUGCCUCAGAGCUUCUAGAGCACUUAAAACCUACUUACUGGUUUUCUGCACACCUUCAUGUGAAGUUUGCAGCCUUGAUGCAGCAUCAGGCCAAGGAUGAAGGACAGACUGCCAAAGCAACCAAAUUUCUAGCCUUGGACAAAUGCUUACCACGUAGAGACUUUCUUCAGGUAAUAGAAGUAGAUCAUGACCCCAGUGCUCCUGAUUCCUUAGAGUAUGAUAUUGAAUGGCUCACUAUUCUCAGGGCUACAGACAAUCUUAUUAAUGUGACUGGGCGCCUAUGGAAUAUGCCUGAAAAUAAUGGCCUGCAUACAAGGUGGGAUUAUAGUGCAACAGAAGAAGCUAUGAAUGAAGUAUUGGAAACAUUGAAUCAUGACCUCAAAGUUCCAUUUAACUUUAGUGUGACUGCCGCUUGUUAUGACCCAAGCAAGCCACAUACACAAAUGCAGUUGGUUCAUAGGAUCAAUCCUCAGACUACUGAAUUUUGUGCCAAACUUGGCAUCACAGACAUUAAUGUCAGUCUUCAGAAGGCCAAGGAAGAACAUCACUUGUGUGGUGAAUAUGAAGAGCAGGAUGAAGUGGGCAGUAAUGACUCCGGAGAAGAUCCUAGUGACUAUAACACAGACACAUCAGCCCUGUCCUCUGUUAAUCCAGAUGAAAUCAUGUUAGAUGAAGAAGAGGAAGAGGAAGAUAGUUUUGUAAGUGCACAUAGUGACGUGAAUACAACAUCUGCAGAACCUUCUUCUGAUCAGGCUUCUGACUUUUCUGCAAGCUUCUCUGAUGUCAGGAUCUUGCCAGGUUCCAUGUUUGUUUCUUCUGAUGAUACAUUGGGUUCCCCAGUUGGCAGAGAGGGGAAACCUGAUGAGACUGUGGAGUCUGGAGAUGGGAAGGACUUAACUGAAGUACCACUGAAGAGGUUGAGUGAUGAGCAUGAACCUGUACAAAGAAAGAAAAUUAAGAGGAGGAAUCAAGCCAUUUAUGCUGCAGUGGAUGAUGAUGAAGCAGCAUAAGACAGUUUACUUGUCUUAGUGUAUAUGUAGA